AUGCCUCCUCCAUCGCCUGAAGAGUCUCGAAUACGACCGAAUUUCAUGAAUGGCGAUCGACCGGAGAAUGAGAUAGAGACGGCAGCGACUGGGGCAGAAGGAAUCAUUGAAGAGCCACGGAACAGCGCUGAUGCACGUACAUCGUUAUUGGAGAAUUCUGGCGGCAUCGCAAAAGGCACAGACAAUGGCGGUCAGCCGUACGUGUUCAGGCAUCGUCCAGGAUAUCUUCAAAGCUACGGCAGCACAAACAGUACAUACGCGCAAAGCGAUGCGGGCAGCUUCGAGGCUCGACCGAACUUGGGCGACCGCUAUCCCACCACGGACGACAUGAAUCGUGAAAGAGCAGGAAUCGCGGAAAGCAUUGCGGAAUCAGUAACAGACGGUCUACUCGGCCCGUCGAAGAAGCGAGGGACCACAUACUGGCUUGCGAGGAAAGCAGGUAUCAGAAGCCAAUGGAUGAUGUACGUCCAUUAUUACAUCCCGAUCACGAAUUGGGCGCGACAGUACCGCUGGAGCUUCGUCAAGGGCGACUUCAUCUCCGCCUUGACCAUGUCAAGCUUCUACAUCCCAAUGGCACUGUCGUAUGCCUCUAAUCUCAGCCACAUGCCACCGAUCAACGGCCUUUACGCAUUUGUUUUCAACCCGUUCGUCUACGCCAUUCUUGGGACAUGUCCGCAAAUGGUCGUCGGGCCCGAAGCUGCCGGAUCCCUUCUCGUUGGUAGUGUUGUGUCAGAGGCUAUCAAAUCAGGCAAAGUCAGAGACGACGACGGCAUGAAAGCCGCGCAGGUCGGCGGCAUGGUGACAGGACUGGCAGGCGGAAUCAUCCUCCUCGCAGGCCUACUCCGGCUCGGGUUUCUCGACAGCGUGCUCUCCCGACCAUUUCUCCGCGGCUUCAUCAGCUCCAUCGGUUUGGUCAUCUUCGUGAAUCAACUCGUCCCGGAGAUGGGUCUCGACAAGGUUGCGGAGCAUUCGAGCAAGGCGCAUGGCUCACCCCUUGACUCUCUAAUAUUCAUGAGCGAGAAUGGCGACAAGAUAAGCAAGAUCACUUGUGCAGUCAGCUUCAGCGCUGUGGCUAUCAUUCUCGUUUGCAGGGAGCUGAAGAGAAGAUUACAGCCGCUGCCCAAGCUUGGCUGGGUCGUGUACUUUCCCGAUCGAUUCAUCAUCGUGGUGCUGUCUGCGGUCUGCUGCUGGUUCUUCGAGUGGGACAAGAAAGGUCUUGACAUUCUCGGCGAUAUCCGAGCACCCGCAGGUGUGCGCGUAUUCGAGCCUCAUGGCAUCCUUGCAAAGGACAACUUCAAGCACGUCAACGAUGCUUUCGAAACGGCUUUCAUCAUUGCUCUGCUUGGCUUCUUCGAAAGUUGUGUGGCAGCAAAGGCAUUGGGCGGUGGGACUACAAAGACCGAGACUGUGCGGAAAACAAAGGAAGACGGUACCGUGGAAGAGGUCGAGGAGGCGGAUGGUAUUCGCGGCAUGACGGUGUCUUCUAACCGAGAGCUUGUCGCAUUGGGUAUUGCGAAUUUGAUUGGCGGCACAUUCAUGGCCAUUCCAGCCUUCGGAGGGUACGGCAGAAGUAAGGUCAACGCGAGUACGGGCGGCAAGACACCUAUGAGCAGCAUUUUCUUGUCUCUCAUCACGGUGAUCUGCACGCUGUUUUUGCUGCCUUACUUCUACUACAUCCCCAAAGGCGUCCUUUCGGCGAUGAUCACCGUCGUGUCCAUAUCACUACUGGAAGAAGCACCGCACGACAUCAGAUUUUUCUAUAAAAUCGGCGGCUAUCCCGAGCUCUUCUUGAUGCUCCUCAUCUUUCUCACUACCUUCUUCUGGUCACUGCGCGGCGGCAUCAUUGUCGGCAUAAUCUUCUCCCUCAUUCGACUUCUCAAACAUGCUACCCGGCCCCGCAUCCAAAUCGUCGGCCGCAUCCCUGGGACCCGGGACUUCGACAACGCCGAAGCGCUCGCGCAAGAGGGUCAAGUCGAAUUAGUUCCACACUGUCUGAUUGUCAAGAUCCCCGAACCGUUGACAUUCGCCAAUACCGGCUCGCUGAAGGACCGCUUGAAGCGUCUCGAAGACCACGGCACAAACUAUGCACACCCUGCCCUUCCCAGUGUGCGCGGGAGGGAGCACAACAAGAAUGUCAUCUUCGACAUCCACGGCGUGACGUCCAUGGACUUCGCAGCAACUCAAGUCCUCGUCGAGAUUGUCAAGGACUACAUCGACCGCGGCACCAUGGUGUUCUUCUGCCGCGUGCCCAGCCGAAAAGGGAAAGUUUGGGAGCUAUUCAACAGAUCUGGUAUCGUGGAUCUAUGUGGUGGUGAGCAUAACUUCUAUCGCAAUGUGGAGGCUGCGUUGCGGGCGACGGAGAAGACGAGCACGUUCUUCGAUUAUGCGAAUCAGGUUGGUGGUGGGGCGGGUGUGUCGGACGAUGAUGCGAGUGGGACUGUCACGCAACAGGAAGGGAAUGUCGAGGCCAAAGCACUACCAAAAGUCUAA